AUGGGUUUGCCUACCGAACUGUUCCUCAGUAUCGGUACCCGCUACAUAAUUACCUGCAACGUAGAUACGAGCGACGGACUCGUGAAUGGCGCGAUGUUCAAGUACGAGCCCACUGAUAGAAAGCAGCGAGAGAAAUGCCGAUCGCUAAUGGAGCGAGAAGGCAUCAGCGGUUGGACACCACUCGAGCACGUUACAAAGCUCAUCAAACCGCGACCGGAAUCUACAGUAGGCAUCAUUAGAAUGCAAUUCCCGCUGACACAUGUUGAAGCGAUUACAAGGUCAGACAUACGAAGUCGAGGUUAUCGUACUGCCUCGAAGACAACCCAAUCACUUUUUGCUCUACGUCGCCUGUUCAAGUGCAAAGAGACCAACCGGUCUUUAUCUGAUCGGAACUUUCCAAGCUCUGACGUCUUCAGCUUGAUCGAUGCCGUGUAUCUCACAUCAGACUUCCUAUUAUUCGCUGAGACAUGGACUUUACCAAGCGAUACAGACAGCUUGAACAUGAUAGGUUCAACCUCAUCACACGACAAGACUCGAACGCAGACAGAACAGCAAGACGCGCUCUCGGAACGUGUGCUUACAUUAGAAGCAAGGCGGUAUCCCGCAUCCGUCAUGAAAGCAGUCACAGCACUAACCCUAUGA